CUCUGACGAGUCUGACCACACCACCACGCGCUAUAUCGCACGUCGUCCACCAACUGUGAAGCUCACGAGCCCAGGUCGCAGCGUACCGGUCCGGCGCCCCGCCGCAUGCAGUCGUCUGCCUCCCUCAACCACUCCGCCGGCCCAGUUCCCCUCCACACAAGAAACCUGGAACCACGCCAUUAGCAUCUGCAUCUGCAUCUCCCACCUCCCACCGCCGGAGUUCUUAAACCCUGAAACGCCGUCGCUGUUGAUCCCCGAUCCUCGAGAAGCACCACGCCAGGCGCCCCGGCCCUCUUCCUCCUCCCUUCCAGAUCCUCGUCCUCCUCGGCAAAAAACCUUACUAUGGGGGACGCAAUUGCCGCCUCAGCCGUCCCGGCCCUAUGCGCCGCGAUGAGCGCCGUCGAGCUCGCCAACUUGCUGGACCCGCGGCCGGGUGCGAGCGCCACGGUCACGGUAGCCGCUCAAGCCCCGGCACUCCACAGCGGGGUCCAGGACCUGCUGCUCUUGGCUUCGGCGGCGGGGUUUUCCGUCUCUGUGGCCUUCGUGUACCGCUACCUUCACCGAGGCGCCGGCAACCGGCGCCUGCCGGAGAUCGUGUCGUUCAUGCUCUGCAUCUGCGCUGGUGUUCUCCAGUUCUUGCUGUUCGUGCUGACUCCAGGUGGCGCGGACGUGGAUCACGGCGAGCAAGCCCGCGCGCUUGGUCUGGCUGCGCUCCGUGUCUUGCCCGCUGCUGCCACGGUGACCUUUUUUCUGGGAACCAUGCUGAUUGUCGCCGCGCAUAUCCGCGCCGGAGGCGAAGGUGGCGGUGGUACCAUCGCAGUCGCCGGAGAGGAGCCGAUCCAGGCUCCCGUGGGGCUCCGGUUCCUCAGCAGGAUGGCUUUGGCCGCUGCGGCAGGACUGGUCUGCCUCAUGGCCAUAGCCGUCCACGGCGCCUACUAUUAAUUAUUUCACCUUGCAAUUCUCAGCUAAUGGCGUUGAUGAAAAACAAAUCUGGAAGAAGCGCUGGGUGGCUACCAUCAAGAUUCAUGGAAAUAUCCUGCAUUACAUUGCCAUCUACAAGGAGAUUUUUACUACACUUUAAAAUAAUGAAUAUUUGUAAUAAUAUUCAGAUGGAUGUUGUACUGAAUACUACACUGUUGUGCUGGUUAUCUGUGAUUGUCGAGUCAGGGCUGAUACCUGGAACUUGUGAUUGGCUAUUAAUUAUUGAAAGUUGUAUGUGUUUCCGCCACCAUUUAUUACUAUCAAAUAAGGGAAUGUGUGCGGUGGAUAAUAUGUUGCAAUAA